GUUUUCGACGCUGGCAAUAUUACUUUAAGAAAUGUCAGAUUGACAUAAUUAGUUACUUAUUAGCAAAACUUUCCCAAAAAAAUCGAUUUAACUAACUGAUGACUCGCUACAUUUAAAAUAUACACAUAGUCCAUUUUAUGAAAAGCAAGAUAUAUACGAAAAUAAAUCACCUCUUAUCAUUAAAUUCAGGGAAGUCAACAAUAACAAUUAUUAUAUUAAGUAUCAGGUAUAAAGGAAAACGUCUAUUUCACUAAAUAAAUGUAUUUGUUAAAUUAAAAAGUUAAGAAAAUAGAUAAUAGUUCCCAAUUCCCAAUAAGCAAAAAGAAAACAUCGAUUGUCAAUUUUUAAGCGUACAAUCAAUUCAGUACUACGUAACAAUUAAAAAAAUCGUUUAUAGUGCCCUUUUAAUCGAUUCUUUGAUUUGAUCUAACUUUGGCAACCCUAAUCUGUGGUGUCAAAUAAAAAUAAUUCUAACCUCUCACGGUAGACAGAAUGUUUAUUUUCUUUAUCUAAAUUUAUUGGUAGUUAUCGUUCUAAUACUUGAAAAAAAACUAAUUUAAGUAUGUAAAAAUAGAUAAGUAUCUUAUUCUGUAAUUUUUAAAUAUAACGACGCUAAUAACUGUAUAUUCUCCUAAGCUCACCAUGAUGGCAAAUGAUAUUAUUAAAAUUGGUGAUUACAUUGUAAUUAAAAAACAAAAUUAUAGAAAAUUACAUAAAUUAAAUAAACCUAAUUCCACUAUAAUGUUAGGACGUGAUAGCAUCAAUCUUAGUGGAGUUGAAAACUGUCCCUAUUAUUCUGUUUUCAAAAUGAUUUUAUCUGGAAACAAAAAGAGUAAAGAAUAUAGCUUAGAAUUGACUGAUAAAGCAAUUAACUUAAAGGAUGAAAUCGGCGUAAAAAUAUCUGGUAAUGAUAACAGAAAUAUUGUAGAUGAUGGCCGAUCACAAAAGUUGACUGCUACAGAAAUAGAAGAUUUAAGAGUUGAUGCUUAUAAAGCAUCUGACAUUGUCGAGACAUUAAUAACAAAUUCCAGUACAUUCCACAACAAAACAGAAUUUUCACAAGAUAAAUAUUUGAAAAAGAAAGAAAAGAAAUACUUUGAAUACAUUCAGAUUUUGCAGCCAAACUUAAGAAUUGUUGCAGAAAUAAUGUAUAAGUUAGAUCCAAAUAAAAUCCAGGGUAUUCGUAUUGAUACUCUAUCACAAGUAAUGUCAUUUGCUAAUGUAUAUUCUGAAGGAGUUCAUUUGCUGUAUGACUCAGGUUCUAAUGGUCUUAUGGCAGCUGCUUUAUUGAGUGCCAUUGGGACUGGCACAUCUGGUAAACUUUUACACAUGCAUCCAGGCAACAUGUCACAGAAGCAAGCAUUACUAGCAAUGAAUUUUGAAGCAGAUCAUUUAAAUAGAUGUAUUUCUGUAAAUGUUUAUUCAGCAUUGAGACAGUUUUACCAGGGAUGUGACACUAAUGAUACACCAUCUGAAAAUAAAAGUAGUACUUUAAAAAGGAAAAAUGUUGAUGAUACAGAAACUGACCAUAAAAUUAAGGUGCCAAGAUUGAAAAACGAUAUAACAGAGGAUGGUAUAUUAAGUGUAGAUUGUCAUGAUAACUCGGAGCAAACACAAUCUGAACCAAAGUUACCAAAAUGGCAUUUUGAUAACAUAGCUGCAUCUCAAUUGAUGAAGAAUAAAGUAGAUUCAUUAGUAAUCACUUGCAAGGAGGAUCCUCAUAAUAUAUUUAAGGAGCUGAUGGAAUUUGUGAAACCUGGUCGACCUUUUGUAAUUUAUUAUCCAGUUGCAGAACCCUUGCAGCAGUCUUACUUGAAACUAAGAUCAUUUAGCAAUGUAGCUGCCCUUCAAAUUACAAAUAACUGGAUGAGAAAUUAUCAGGUAUUACCAGAGAGGACACAUCCGGAAGUAAUGAUGAAUGGAUCAAGUGGAUUUUUAUUGACAGGAUAUAUACUAAAAUAAUUUUUCUUAAAUAUUUGGAAGGACAAUUAUUUUAGUAUAUAUAGUAGAAAUAUGUUGAUUUUAAUUUUUAUUUAUAUGAUAAAGAA